AUGUUGAAAAUUAACUGCAUUGUUACAAACAUUCCAUAUCUUCCUCCAGGCUGUGACGAGCUUCACCAUGAAGUAGAACUUGGUGUUGUGAUUAGUAAGACAGGCGUGUCUAUUCCGGAAUCCAAUGCAAUGGAUUAUGUUGGGGGAUAUGCUCUUGCACUUGAUAUGACUGCAAGAGAUCUUCAAAAUAAAGCCAAGAAGCUGGGUCAACCAUGGACACUUGCUAAAGGUUUUGAUACUGCAUUGCCUGUCAGUAGAUUCGUCUCCAAGACAGAGAUUCCAGAACCUGAUAAUGUCCAUAUUUGGCUGAAAGUUGAUGGAGAACUAAAACAAGAUGGAAACACCCGAGAUAUGAUCUUUACCAUUCCUUAUUUGAUCAGCUUUAUCAGUCAGAGUAUGACUUUAGAGGAAGGAGAUUUAAUUUUGACAGGGACUCCGGAAGGUGUCUCGGAAGUCAAGCCUGGACAAACUAUAGCUUGUGGUCUUGGGGAUAAAGUAGACAUGACAUUUCCUGUAGUGUAGCAGAAACAUGAGAUAGUCAGUAACCCUUUAUACUAACAUCAGUGUGCAUAUUCUCCAUAUUGUUCUCUAUACAUUUCCUAAGGCACCGACAAGGUGAAUUUCUUCAAUAAUCAAGAGCUUCUUCAGUGAGUGAUUAUUUCCUUUUUUCUCAUGACCUUAAUGUGUGAAACAGGGGUGAUAUGUUAAUGAGAAAUAAGAUGCUAGUCAAAUGGUGAAAGUAAAAUACUAACCAUGAACAUCUGUGUUAAGAUUACCUUACUUCAAAAUUUUUAUAAAGAGCUUUUUACAGUUAUGUCAAUGAGCUCUCUUUACCUCAAUUACAUCUUCAGAGUUAAGAAAAGGGUCUUUUUUAAAACAAGGCAUCAAAAAUUCACUUAUCAUAUAGAUAAAAAAAAGAACAUAUUUUCCACCAUUUUUGAAAAAAUUAUGAAUAUUGAAAGGUUGUGAUUUCCAUUUUAUUCUUUCAUUUGUGUAAAGUGAAGACAUCCUCAGGGAGUCUUUAAUCAGAUAUUUUUAUAAAUGCUCAAGAGUAAUCCAAAUUUUACAGACUGCUUUCCAAUCAAAGAUUGAAACAUGAUUCCCAAGUUUUUAUUCAUCCUAAAUCUGGAAUUUCCAUGAUUUUGUGAGAUAAAGGAAAAUUGUAGAAUUGAUGGUCUUGAAUUAAUUAUUGUAAUUAGAAAAGGAGAGAUAAUAAGUUUUUUUAACUACUGUAAUGUUUACCAAUGAAAAAACAUGUGAAUCCUUCGAAGGAAAAGAUACAUAACAACUUUGUGCGAGGUUAAGUUAAUACAAAGGGCUGGAUCUUUGAUCAUUAAAUUUGUUCUCUUUGCUCA